AUGUCGAGCUUGGGCGCCGAGUAUGGCCGGGCCUUUGCUCGAGAGACAUGGACACUCUACGCUGUUGGAAUGCUUGGUGUCGUGCUGCGAUUCACAGCACGUAUACGGCGUCUCGGCAUCAGAAACCUUCAAUCGGACGACUAUGUGAUGGUGUUUGCAGUCAUUUGGUACACCAUUCUAUGCGUCGCUCUCAAUUCGGUUGCUUCAGGCGGAGGGUCGAAUCUUAUGACGGAUGAGGAUAUUGCGAAUCUGACACCUGAGAUAUAUGAGGAGAGGGUCAAGGGGAGUAAAUGGGUCUUUGUCUCAGAGCAUGCCUUUGUCCUCGCUAUCUGGGCAAUGAAGGCAUGCAUGCUGAUUAUCUACUCUCGCAUCACAGAGGGAUUGCCUCAAAGAAAAUGGGUCAACUACCUAGCCAUCUACGUUGCACUUGGAUUUGUUGCAGUCGAGUUGUCCCUGUUCCUCAUCUGCAGGCCUUUAUCGAACUACUGGGCUGUGCCUACUCCGAAUGCCCAAUGCUCAACCUUCCAAUACUACGAGAUCGUUCAAGGAUGCAUAGCAAUUACGGGUGAUAUCGCCAUGCUUCUGAUCGGGCUCCCACUACUGGUGCAAGUCCGUGUCCCUCUAAAGCAGAAGCUGAUCCUCCUGGUCAUCUUCGGGAUGGGGAUCUUCGUCAUCGUCGCCGCCAUCCUCACAAAGGUCUACUGUCUGGUCCCAGCCCUAAUCUCAUACGUCUACAUGAACUGGUACUUCCGCGAAACCACCGUGGCCAUCCUCGUCACCAACCUCCCCCUCAUCUGGUCCCUUCUCCGCGACGUCUUCCCGGCCCUCAAGAGCUGGACAGGUGGUUCCAAACGAGGCACCAACAACCGCUACCGGUCAGGCGCCUGGUACAGCAACAACCCCUCUGGCUACAAGCACUACGGGCCAAACAGCCACCUUCGCUCAGGAGAUCAUCACUACCCAAUGAGUGCCUACGAUCGAAGCGUCGUUGUUACCCCCCAUAAAGAUGCAACGGACAUUAGCCUCCAUCAGACAGACACUCACGAGCCGAGCGAUGAUGGCUCUGAACGAGCCCUACAGAUUCGACAAGAUGUCACCAUCGAAGUAACGCGGGAGACUCGGCCGCCAGACUACAACCAUCAGCCGCAGCCUUGA